GAGGGACAUACCCAGAGCCAAAGAGUCGCUUGCUUCCCUUUACUGGUCCAAGUUGCGCGGCGUGCGGCGUGCCUUUCCUUGGUGGGUACGUACUUCCGUCAUGUUAUGUUGCACUGACAUCCAUCUUCCCCCCCCUCUCUGGCACCAAAACACGACAACGGGGGCACCACUGCACAACAAAGUCACACAAGCAUCUCCUCAGCAUCCCGUCUAUCCAUCCACAAUCCGCCAUCUCAAGUCCACCCAACGCGCACAACUUCCCUGGCGCUUGACAUUGACAUCCACGGGUGCAGUGCUUGGUUGCUCGUGCUUGGCCUGGAUCUCCGCUAAUCCAUCCCCAUACCCUGACUUCCCCCCCGUUCUGCCCUGGGCCCGUUUCGGUACAUUCCAUGACCGUCACCUCCAGCUCCUUCUGCCAUCGAGUAUCCGUACCGCAACGCCGCAUCUCAUCGCCAUCCCGUCCCGUCGUCGAUACCUGACCCUUCCUCUCUCUCUCGCCUUGUCUUGCCUCACCGUCUACUACAACCUGGCUCAUUUCAACCUCGUCUCCUCUUCCCCAGGACCCAGCCUUGCCAACGCAACGAGGGCUUCCUGUUAUCGUCAAGCUUCAGCCCGGCUCCUGCAACUCGGUCACCAGUUGCCUGUUGCAACUACACACACUACCGGUUCGUCUAUCUGGUCCAAUACAAGGCCAUUAUUCUCAUUGCUCGACUCCAGAUCGAGGUGGGCAACCCCCGCUUCAACUCAUCGCCCAAUCCCCUCUCUUGUUCCCGCACCGCACCGUCUCAAGGUCCCGUACCGUCCAUACCACGCUCCUGUCCCUCCUCUCCUCCUCUGGACUCCGUGUGUGUGGAGAGGCUAGGUGAGACAUCUUUGCCUGAACACUCAUUCCCUCUCUCUCCCACCUCACCUAUUCACCUCCACGAGUUGCGUCGACGUCGCCAAUCCUAACCAGCGACAGAUACCAUCUCGAGUAGCCCGUUUUCGACUCACCCCUUCGCUACCCUAUCGAUCGCCGCGCCGCCCCUGGCAAGCGCUCCAUGAAGCCAUCGUCGGGCCUGAACUGAAACCUGCCGCC